UAAUAAAUUGUUAAUGUUUUAUAAAGCUGGACUAAAUUCUAGAGAUGGAUAGAAAGCAAAGUAAUAAUAAUAAUACAACAACAGAACAGGAAAAAAUCAGAACACAGGAAAACCUGAGGGCUGAAAUUUAAGUGUGUCACUUGGGGUCAUGCUAUGAGUAAAUCUAACCUCGGAUCCCAUGUUUAAUCCACUCUAACUUACACUUAAACAUGGGCAUAUGCUGGUUGCUAUUAGGUAUGUGGGCAGACAUAUUAAGGACAAAUAAACAUAGUGGAAAAUGUCUGGCGCUUAGGGGACUCACGUUCUUAUUUGAAAUGGCCAAUCCUGUACCUUUGGGCCAAUCAGUCUUUUCAGGUCUCAGUUUCCCUAGCUAUACAGUAAAGAAAUAAACCAUGAUCACUCAAGUAACUGUUUGCUCUGUGGCGCUGUGAAAGUGCACACACGGAACAAGCUGGAUAUUUAUAUCAAAUACAUUUAAUAUAGCUUCCAGCCAGUGCCAAAGAAAUUCAGGGAAGGAAGACAGAGGAGGAAGGUCACUCAGGAUUUUCAGAAACUGUCUGUACACUCACUUCCCUUUUGUAAAUAACGUCUGGCUUUGAGGGUUCCCAGACAAAAGUCACCCUCCCAGGGUUAAACUGGGUCAGAUCUGUGAACUCAGUGAUGGAGAGUGUGACUGGAACUCAUCACUUUCUGACAUGUGAUGCCUGAAGCCCCUGGGGUGGGAGGAGAGGGGACCUUUGGUAUACACGAGAGGAACUAGAACAUCUAGGUCCCCCCCGUCCCCCCAUAGGAGGGGGACAGAAACAUUGCAGAAAGGAAGGUAUAUUUCCUAAGUGGAAGUGUUUGUAGAUGAAGUGGAAGAGUUUGAAGCUUGAAGGUGAAGAUUCAAGUCAGAAGAGUCGAGCAGGCAGCUGUGUGUAGAUCACCUCAAACACUGUUUCCUCAAUAUGUAAAUUUUUAUAAAUGAGGGAACAGAUCCAGCAAGGUUAUACAACAGUCCAAUUUGUGUUAGAGCAAGGCUGAGAAUUAGGCUCAUGACCGGAAUGGAAAGGGCCCCAGCAUGUGAGGAUAAGGAACAGGCUGUUCAUGGUACCUUUUUCCAGUUCUUAGUCCAGUGCCCGACACCUAGCAGGUGCUUCAUGAACGUGGGUCACGGGACUCACCAACUGGCUGGCUGGACAGACUGAAGACCCAGGUGGCAUGUUUCUCCCUUGCGUUCCCGAUGGACACUGUCCAUUUGAGACAGAGGACUGUUAUUUCACUGGCUCACUCCACUCGCCAAGAGACCCUUGCAUGAGUAUCACUCUUCUUCCCCUGAGUAUUGCUUCCUCUUUGUUGAUACUGACCUUAUAAACGUCAGAGCCCUCACAGGAUGUGUGCAGUGCCGCCUGAGAGAGAGCUGGGGUUUCCUUCACUACCAUCAGAUUUAACAGUGCCGAGAGAGAGAUGACUGGCAGUCAGACAGCUGGUGCGCGGGGCCUGCAGCUGGGACGGUGGCCACUGCUCCUGUGAGUGGGGAGGGGAGAGAGUUGCUGGAAGUACCCAUUUCGACGGGAGCAGUAAAGCAGCACCUACACAGACCUGUUUUUUUGACGUUUCUUCUUCAGAACCCAUGUUUUCACAUCUUUCCUUUGACUGUGUCCUGCCCUUGCUGCUACUCCUCACAAGAUCUCUGGAAGGGGCCUACGUGGCUGACGUUGGUCAGGAUGCUCAUCUGCCCUGCACCUACUCUCCAGCUACCCCUGAGAAUCUUGUGCCUGUGUGCUGGGGCAAGGGACCCUGCCCUGUGUUUGAAUGUCACAGUUUGGUGCUGAGCACUGAUGGAAGGAACAUGAAGUAUCGGACAUCCAGCAGAUAUCUGCUGAAGAGGAAUGUCCACAAAGGAGACGUGACCUUGACCAUAGAGAAAGUAACGUUAGCUGACAGUGGGAUCUAUUGCUGCCGGGUCCAAUUCCCAGGCCCAAUGAAUGAUCAAAAAACAAACCUGGAGCUGGUCAUCCAACCAGCCAGGGUCACCACUGCUCUGACUCCACGGAGGAACGUCACUGCAGCGGCGCCGAGGAUGCUCACCACCCGUGGACCUGGCUCAGUGGCAGAGACACAAACCCUGGAGACCCUCUAUGGUAAAAACCAAACAGAAAUAUCCACACUAGCUGAUGAAUUACAAGGCAUGGAUGUGACCACCAGAACUGGCCUCUACAUCGGAGUAGGGGUCUCUGCUGGGCUGGCUUUCAUUCUUAUUUCCAGUACUUUAAUUUUCAAAUGGCAUUCUGAAAGCAAGGACAACUUACAAAAUUCAAGCCUUGUCACUUUGGCCAACCUCCCUCCCCCGGGGUUACCAAAUACGGCAGCGGAGGGGAUGCACUCAGAGGACAACGUCUACAUCAUUGAGGAGAACGCAUAUGAGAUGGAGGACCCUUACGAGUAUGAGUUCUGCUACAUCACCAACGGGCAGCAAUCCUGACAGCCUCCGGGCUGGUCCCUUCCUGCACCACCAGAUCCAACCACUUCCUUUGGGGCCUUGGCGUUGUCUUCAUUGCAAACUCUGAGAUGUGUCAGCUGACUGGCUUUGGAGAGUCUGUCCUUGGCCACUGAGCAGAGUGUUUCCAUGUUCUGAAGAUAACUAUCUCACCUGAGGAUUGAACUGGGAUCUGAACUGGAAUUAGAUAGGCAUGACAUUUCCUGUGGGUUCCAGCCAACAGGGCCACCCAACUCAGAGACUGUAUGGGGGUACUGGCACUCACAUGGGCAUUUAUAGAGAGUAGGACAUUUAACAUGGGGUCUCUGGAAUUCCAGGGUAUUGUUACAUGAUGAGUGCAGGAAGCUUCUGGAAAGAUAGGGAAAAUUAUGUACUGAGAUAUGUAGGUUUUUUUUUUUGUUUGUUUUUUGUUUUUUGUUUUUGUUUUUUGGGUACAGGAAGUCUAAAGGGGCCACUGAUUCUCAAGGAGGUCUUUCACCCAUGAAAGGCUGAAAAACUACUGGGGUAGGACUAGACGGUCUCAAAUGUCCCCGUUGAGUCUCGAAGUUUACACGUCUUUGAAUUUUAACUCUGUAAUAGUAAACAUCACUGCACAGCUCUCCGUGGCCUCAGCUAAGAAGUCUGCUCAGCACAGCAAGGCCUGUGGUGGGCAGGAGCUCCUGGAGAAAAAGGAAGUAUGCUCCAUGUGUGUUGACAAGUUUUGCUUGUGGUAUACUCAAAGAGAAAGAUUCCUGACCAAGUUCUCCAUUCAUGGAGAGAACUGGAGCUGGGUUUUUCACGAAAGAAGAAGCAGAGACUGGGACACACAUUCUGUUCUCUGGUAGAAACAAAGUCAAGAGCUCCAGCAGUUUGUAUUGGUCAGCGUCAGAUCCCUUGAUGGAAGGACCAUGGUCCUGAAGCUUCACUUCCAAGAUGGUGGAGAGAGACGGUCUGUCCUGCCUAUUUGUUUCCUCCCAGUCUUGGCACAGCUCUGACACAUAACAGAGAUUUAUUAAAUACAUUUGGAGCGAAAAAAAAAAUUAAAUAAGCAGAAGGGCACCUUUCUGGAAAGACUUUUCCAUUGGAAAGUUCAGAUAGAGCUCUACAACUUCACUUCUUGGGGAACUCAAAAAUACUCCUAAGCCCCAUUUCUGCUCUUAUCCAGGUUCCUUUUUUUUUUUUUUUUUUUCUCAGCAUCUUCUCCCAGCUCAGGUCCUUGGAAAUCUGUUACUCUUCUGUCUUUUCCCCCCUUUCUGCUGAAUAAAUCAACAGUAUGGACCCGUGGCUCCCUGAAAAUUGCCUUCCACAGGUGCUGACUAAACUGCUACUGUGACAUGUACAGGAGAUGUUGGUCACCAAGGAUGCUGGCAGCCUGUUUAUUACAGUGUUUGGGCUGCAUCUAGACAGUCUGGGGAAGCACCGGCUUUCUACAGGGAGAUAUGUAAGGGGGGGGGUCAUUGUGCAACGUGCCAGGCAGUGGCUCUCACACAAGCUGAAAAAUUAAUCUUGAGUGUUUUGAAGUUAUGAAAUUUCAGAGGGAAGGGACUUUAGGUCACAUUUUGUUCAGAUCAAUGAUUCCCCCACAAACGGGAUUCUUCUCCUACAAAAAUGUUUAAACAAGCGUCUGUAUACUAGACAAUCACUGCAGUGAUGUUUGUGAGAGAUUUUUCCAUCAAUGGGGAAGUGGUUGAUUAUUGUAGUUGGUCAGCACAUUGGUGCAGUUAAGAAGAAUUAGGUGGUUUCAUCACUGUUUUGCUAAUUCAACAAAUAUUGAGUGCUUACUACACAUCAUGUACUCUGGGACUGAGAUCAUAGCGACCAAAUAGGCAUUGCCCUGACCUCGUGGAACUUCUGGUCAACCUGACAGAAUGGAGGAUUUAGUCCAUUCAUUCAGUGAACAUUUUUUGACAGCUACUUUGUACCAGGUGGUGUUUGAGUACCUAGAAAUACAACAGUGAAGGAAACAGGCAAAAUCUCUGCUCUCACAGAACUUGGGUUAACUGGUCAAAGGAGAAAUCUAUAUUGCUAAGUCAAAAGGGAAAAAGGAUCCUAGGAUAGUAUGUAUACUUAAUGCUAUUUUUUUCUUUUGCCAUAAAGUAAUCCAUUAGAAUAUACCCAAAUUAGUAUGAUUACUCUGCAGGGGCAAAUAAUCAAGAGAUAGACUUUCAAUUUUUUUUUCCCUUUCGUGUGCUUGUAUAAUUGUUUAAAUUAUGUUCUUCAUAUUUUUUGUCAUAAAAGAAUAGAUUUAAGUAUUAGAGCAAUGCUUUCCUCUCCACCCUCCUCCUCACAGGAAGAAAUGAAGACUUGGAUAGGUUAAGCUCAAGGUCAAGGCCGGCAGUAAAUUGCAGCAAUAUUUGAGACAUGUCAAGGUUCCACCAGGCUUGGGACCCUGAUUUUCAGGAUGGGAUCCACUCUACACAAAUUAUUUGGAAUGAGGAAGAUGGCAGAAAGGGAAAGAAACUGUAAAGCUACUUCAAAGGGUCUAGGAGAUGACAAGAGGUAACUUAAAACCAAUGAAGGGAAUUUCCACUGUGGCUCAGCAGAUUAAGAAUCCACCUAGAAUCCAUGAGGAUGUGGGUUUGAUCCCUGGCCUCACUUAGUGGGUUGAGGAUCUGGCAUUGCCACAAGCUGUGAUUUAGGUCACAGAUGUGGCUUGGAUCUGACGUUGCUGUGGCUGUGGUGUAGGCCAGCAGCUGUAGCUCCAAUUCGACUCCUAGCCUAGGAACUUCCAUAUGCUGUAGGUACAGCCCUAAAAAAACCAAACCAAACCAAACAAACAAAUAAAAGCCCAAUGCAAUAAGAUUGAAUGUGUGGUUUGCCCUUAGACGUGCCUUAGGAUUUUUCUUUUGUAGCUCUACUCUAGAGACCCACAAGACAAAAAGGAGCUCUCUGACCUUUUCAGACUGCAAAACUAAAGUCUUACCAUGUUUUUUCUGCCUAUCAUUCCUCACGUUAGAAUUCCCAAGACAGAAAUUCCAUGUGGUUCAACUGGUCUCGAAGUUAUUUGGGGGAUCUGCUCAUGCCUAUUCCCAUUUAAAUUUAAUUUUCAUUUAAAUUUGAAUUAAAAAAUGGCAUAGUAUUCUCUGGUGUUCUAGCAGUUAGGGAUCUGGUGUUGUCACUAUUUUGGCACAAGUUUAAUCACAGGCCUAGAAACUCUGCAUGACAAGGGGGUAGCAAAAAAAAAAAAAAAAAAAAAAAAAAAAA